UCAAUCAGAGUUUCUCAUAAUGACAUUUGUAAACAUCCCUGGCAUUCCUGGAUGUGCCUUCCCACGCACUCCAAAACGUCUACUGAACACUCGCAAUCACUUCCAAUAAGAAAUUCAAGUCGCAAAGAUUCUCCAGGAAAUAUCACAACUAAAUCAUUUACUUCAAAUGUCGACAGCGAUACCUCAGCUUCUAAAGAACUCUGUUCCCACCCUUUUCACUCCCAAUCUCGGUCAUGCCAAGAAAAUGCAAAGCACUCUACGCAUUCCAAUACUGAACUUUCUGCGGACGUUCUAUCUUCAUCUUCAGGGCCAGAACAAUUCCAAGUAUCGCUCUUUCUGCGCAGCAACUUCGUAACAUCAACUUCAGCUCCCACCUUCUCAACGACAUCGCGGGUUCCGAAAAAACAAAAUGACAAAGAUGAAAAAGUUUUGCAAACUACUGGAAAAUUGGAAGUUGGUCAUAACCCGAUUACCGCAGUGGAAAUAUCUGAAAAGCUACACCAGCCUUCAUUGGUCACUCAAACUACCGAUUCGUUCAAAAAGGAUGAUCCCUGUUUGCAUGCUUUUCAUUCCUAUUUGUGUGAAAGAAUUCCAACUACAUCACCUAUGCCUAUGCCAAGUGUUGUACCUCCAUUGCCACUAGCACCUCUACCUUUGCCUUCACUAAACAUAGGUAAAACUUUAGAAGAAGAUAACCCUGAACUCACGCCAGUCAAGUAUCCAAAAGUUGAUAAGUGUAGCCAUCCUUUCCACUCCUGGCUAUGCACUGUAGCGGAAAAGUUGAGUUCGGAUACAAAUAAAAGUCUGGGUGGAGACGACUCUUUGAUUGACAGUGAUAGGUUCUUACUGAAAACUUCAAACUUACCGAACAUUCGCGAACUGCCACUCGACGACGGAAGUUCUACAACACAAAGCGACGAUUUCUCCGAAAACUAUCAUUACUUGAACGCUGCACAAUUGGCCUAUUCAACCAAACACUGGGAAGACUUGAAAAAUUCCAAUUCAUACGCGAAUUUUGCAACAACCACGUCUCGCCCCAUUCGCGUGUUGACCACUUCACCACCCAGUCCAAGGAUAGGUGCUAGAGUAGUACCUACCCUUCCUUCUUUGGUUGAGAAGGAAGAGGAUGAGUCUACUCCCAACCCCACGACACCUCUAGGGUUCUCUUUUGUGGACUCACGAGGGGAGUUUACACGGACAGCGCCCUUUAACAUCCAUUAUGACCUAUUCAAUCCACCAGUACCUAUCAGCUUCAGCGCACAUGAUGCAUCAGCAUUACCUCCUCGUCCCAUUAGAGAAGUCGGUAGAAAGUCUCGGUCCGAACUUACCAGGCUAAUUCAACGGAACGAAAACCUUCGAACGGCAGGCAACAAGCACGACAAAUAUUCUUUGAAUAUAACUUCAAAAACUCAACUAACUUCCCCUGUUCACUUUUCUUCCAUGCAAGUCCCGGAUGCAGGGUCUCGUUUAGAAGUCGAAGGUGGAUUCAGUCCAAGUUCCCAUUUUGGGAUCUACCGCUUUCAGCCUUCGCAUUUUCUCCCAUUUCCUUCAAUUACUAACCAGCAAAACUUUACGAUUAACGACAGAGAACCAACGAUUAUUAUUGAAUCUCAUUUUUCCGACAGUGUUCCCAGUUCAACGAUGGCAGAUGACGAAUCUUUUGUCGUUGAAAGACACCAGACAGGAAAUGCAAAUGAAGAGAAAACUACAACCUCAGGAAUAUAUCGAAGCGUUUCACCGGACUCUGUAUCUCCUCUAAGAGAGAAUCAUGAUUUUGGAUCCCAAACGCUCGAAUUGGAAAUAUUGUGGCCAACUUCAGACGGUUCCAGGUCAGAAGGAAGCACCUCGUUAGGGAUGAAAUCACUUAAUCAAGCAACUAAAUUCAUGCCAUCCACACGGGACAGGCGGAAUGACGGCGAUUCUCAACGAAAUUUCGUGCCGUCUAACUUUCCUGGUUUGAGAGACGCUUCACGCAUGCGCCAUAUUCUUGGACAAACCUUUAAGGACAAAGAUUUAGGCAGAUCUCAAUUUAAAAUUGAAAAUACUUUCCAUGUAGAUUCAAGUAAGAUAAAUAGUUCUGUUCUACCAGGAAAGAUUUCCCGAUAUUCCCGGCACCCACUUGACGAUAGGCCCCAAUUACCGUUGGACUCAAAAUUGGAUUGGCGAUUCCCGCCAGCAAAUCAAGCACUUCCGCUGCCUAUGACGGGUAGAGGAAAUAGUUUUCUUCGGGAUUUUUCUAGCGGUGCUGCAUCAGAAUCGCAGGAUUUUUCUAGUGGUUCAAUAUCAGAACCGCAGGAUUUUUCUAGAGGUUCAAUUUCAGAACCGCAGGAUUUUUCUAGAGGUUCAAUUUCAGAACCGCAGGAUUUUUCUAGAGGUUCAAUUUCGGAACCGCAGGGUGUUUUUAGAGGUGCAGCAUCAGAACCAUCUGAGUUUCUCCUUCCUCCUCCUUUUCCCUCAGAAAAUUUUGAUCAAAUCCUCAAUCGAAGUUGAAUUCAAAAAUUAUUUCGCUUAAAAAUGUAUAUCCUGUAUUCAUCAUUAAAUAUACCUUCUGAUUAGCUAGACAGUCUUGACUGUAGUUAGAUAUCCUGCAACUAGAUUCUAGAUAAUUUUGUAGCGAAUAAUUUGAGAACUGAAGAUAAAUAUGAA